UUCACCCCCGGAGAUUGUUGAGGUUCCGGAGGGUUCUUUUAACUGCGUGUCAUUGCUGAGGGCCAACCCGAAAGAUCCUUUUUCUGCACUCCUUAUCUCCACACCCAUAAUCUUUACAGAGCAGUCCAUCCACACGAGCAGGUGCAGUUUCUCUCUCUCUCUCUCUGUCUCUCUCACUCUGUCAUUCUACUGUAUGUGUGAGAUCAAAAACUUUGCCGACAUCAAAGUCCUUUGUAACGUUUCAGGGGGCCGUGUUGGUGGUUGUACGUGGUCGUUAUUUUGCAGUGAACAAAAGUGGCGUAUUUGCCUGUGAUGCACCGUGCUGGGUACCGUAGCGUGCUGGUUUCUGCUGGAUGAGCUGCUGGUCCUUCAUCUAAACGUCUCCCUGUUGUCUCUCAGCGCAUGUCGUCCACUGAGCCCACCUCCAACCUGGAGAAUGCCAUGCAGCUGAUGAUACAGACCUUCCACAAGUACUCGGGCAAGGAGGGCGACCGGUUCACCCUCAGCCGGGGCGAGCUCAAAGAGCUGCUGACCGAGGAGCUGGGGAACUACCUGGGGAACGCCCAGGAUAAGGAUGCGGUGGACAAAGUUAUGGCCGACCUGGAUGCCAACAACGACGGGGAGGUGGACUUCACCGAGUUCAUCAUCCUGGUGGGGGCGCUGACGGUGGCCUGCAACGACUUCUUCGACAAGAAGGCCGAGGAGAAGAAGUAGGGGCGCAGAGUCGGCGGGAGUGUGGGCGAAGCUAAAAGCGUGAGGUGAAGCCGUCUCUACGACACCUUGGUGGAGGAAGAGGACAAUGAUGAAGAAACAACCCCUCCACACACACACACACACGCACACGCACACACACACACACACACAUUCCUCACGACAGCGGGGGUGUGUGCUAUCGCUAAGAAUCAAACGGUGCAGGGCACGCUAUCGCGGAAAAGGACGGAGACGCCAUCACCUCCAGCACUCCACUUCCUCAAACUUCUGCCCUCUCUCAGGGGCGGAGCCAGAGGCCCGGUCCCUAUCUUCCUUACUUCCUAUGAGAAACCCUACGCUUCAGUGUCUGUUGAAAGUCAAACCUCAGCCAUGGGGACCAAAGCAAAUGUAACAUAACACAUUUUGGGUAAUGUCCACAGGAACUUUGUUUUUCGAGAGAUUAAUAUUGAUAUAAAUAUUUGUUAUUUAUUCAAUGUUAAAUGAGUGAAUGGUUUCUUCUUUAUAGCUUUAUAACUUGUUUUCUUUUGUUAUGUACCAAACUGUUUCUCUUUAUUUAAUUAAAUAAACCUAAUAUUUAACCAG